GAAUGCUGAUGCCUCAUACUAUUAUCUCGUCGAUCAAGUUUCUCGGCCACAAUUAGAGAAGGCGUUUCGUCGAUCGAUUCAUCUCUUUCCAUCUUCCAAUCUCUUUACCGAGAUGGGUUACGAUAACGAUCCGUAUAUGGAUGAGGACGGUGAGCCUUUGAUGGAUCCUGACGCGGCCUCGGAUAGGGAGGUGUCGCCGGAGCUGGCUCUCCCUAUCGACGAUGAUGACGAGGACGAAGGCGAUUGGGGACGGCGGGACCGUUCGCCGACGCCGGUGAUGAAUUCUAUGGGCGAUUACAAGAGCGGAAAGCCAAAGAAGAGGCUGGUGAAGAGGGGUAGGGAAAGCUCGCCGGGUCGGAUCGGAAGCUCCAAACCGGCGUUUGAUGAAGAGGGGUUGGACGAUUGGGAGGACGAAGAUACUUCGUCUCAGAAGAAGAUGAAAGACACUCCAUCUCUGAAAGAGGGCAAAGGAGGGAUCUUGAAGAAGAACAAGGGAAAACUGUCCUCAUCUAAAGGAGACAGUUUUGCUGGGCAGGGAUCAAAAUCGGGGUUUAAGGGCUAUGGUGCGGGUUCAAGGGGCGGGGAAGCUGAUCCAGAGGAAGAGGAGGAAAUGUGGAAAACUAUAGCUGGUGGAGAUUCAGAGGAUGAUCAAGAAGGCAUGAGAACGAUGGAUGAUGACAACUUCAUCGAUGAUAGUGGUCUGGAUCCUGCAGAUCGUUAUGGAAGUGAUAAUGAGCAUUCUGCUGGGAAUGCACCCCAGGCUGAAGAGGGUGAAGAAGAUGAAAUCAAACAGCUUUUUAAGGGCGGAAAGAAAAAGAAGAAAAAUGAGAAAUCACCAGCUGAAAUUGCUUUGAUAGUUGAGAAUCUUAUGGCUGAGUUAGAAGUUACAGCUGAAGAAGAUGCAGAGUUGAACAGACAAAAUAAACCAGCCAUUAACAAACUGAGAAAGCUCCCAUUGCUUAUUGAAGUAUUGUCAAAAAAAAAGCUUCAGCAAGAAUUUCUUGAUCAUGGGGUACUAACUCUACUCAAGAAUUGGCUUGAACCGCUACCUGAUGGCUGUUUGCCUAACAUGAACAUUCGGUCUGCAAUACUAAGGCUUCUUUCUGAUUUGCCAAUUGAUUUGGAGCAAUUUGACAGGAGAGAACAACUAAAAAAGAGUGGUCUUGGAAAGGUGAUUAUGUUUCUGUCAAAGUCAGAUGAGGAGACAACGGCGAAUAGAAAACUUGCUAAAGAAUUAGUUGAUAAAUGGAGUCGACCAAUAUUUAACAAGAGUACUAGAUUUGAGGAUAUGAGAAGGAUUGACGAUGACAGGGUUCCAUAUAGAAGGCCUCCAUCUCAAAAGCAAGUUGCUAAAUCUACUGGCAUCCAGUCUCGGGAUGAUGAUCUUGAUUUGGCUGAAUUUUCACAAGGGAGAAAACCUGGUAGCUCAGCUUCUCGGCAGCAUGCUUCUAGGCCUGAAGCAAUGCCUCUGGAUUUUGUUGUCCGCCCUCAGUCUAAGAUUGACCCUGAAGAAGUCAGGGCAAGAGCAAAACAAAUUGUUCAAGAUCAGCGAAGAAUAAAUAUGACCAAGAAGUUGCAGAAAUUAAAGGCGCCAAAAAAGAAGCAACUACAAGCAUCAAAACUCAGCGUUGAGGGCCGAGGCAUGGUCAAAUACCUCUAACCAUUAUCAGGAAUCAUUUGAUUGCAUCAAGUAUUUCAAUAUUAAGAGAAGAUAAUGCACUUUUUCCUGAGGUCACAUGGAGUUUAUGAAUAAGCAAUUGAUAUUGCGCAAGGAAUAUCCAUCUUUCUCAUAAAAAGAUCAUCAAACCUAUUCUGCAUUGAUUCCAUUACCUGGAUCUUGUCUUAUGACCUACAUUUCAGCCAACUGAACUGGUGUUCGAUCUUUAUAGUGUAGCAUCGAACCAGAUGCAUUGCUCUGUGCAAUUUGAGCGAGAACAAUACUAAGCGAUGGAGAUGUGUUACUCUUAAUUAUAUGUGCAUGAAACAUAAAUUUGUGUGCCUUGUUCCAUGAUCUGACUGCUGCUAUACAAUUCGAUUUGAAACAAAUUUUUAAGUCAAGGUUCCUAACAAUAA